AUGCCAAAGAAGUUCCAGGGUGAGAACUCCAAGGCGGCCACAGCCAGAGCCCGCAAGGCUGAGGCCAAGGCGGAUGACAAGGAGAAGAAGAGGCUGGAACUCCUGGAGAGGAAAAAGGAAAACCAGCGGCUCCUGGAUGAGGAGAACGCCCGACUGAAAGGCAAAGCCCAAAGGGAGGCUGGGGCUGGAGGAAAAGUUACUCGUGCCCAGAUUGAGGAGGCGCUUCAGAAUGAGCAGGAGCAACAGCAGCAGCUCAAACCGAAAGAAAAGAGCCACCUGGAGUCUCCUCUGGAAGAGAAUGUGAACAGAAUUAUCCCUGAAGAAGGAACAGUGGAAGCCAGAACAAUAGAGGAUGCCAUCGCUGUACUUAGCACGGGGCCUGAAGACCUGGACCGCCACCCAGAGCGGAGGAUGAAAGCUGCGUUUCUUGCCUAUGAGGAGGCCAACAUGCCUCGCCUAAAAAAGGAGAACCCCAACAUGAGAUUGUCACAGCUGAAGCAGCAGUUGAAGAAAGAGUGGAUGAAGUCGCCAGAGAACCCCCUGAACCAACGCUUUUCCACCUACAACUCAAAGUGAAUGCACUCUUUCCCCCUCGCAUAACGCCAUUUGAAAAACUGUCUGCCUAUGCACAUUGGAGACUUCCAUUGGAAAAUUUAAUAAUUUCAUCUAAAAAAUGAGUGUUGCUGACAAGAACUUCACCUCUACCUGCUCGGAAACAAUCUCUUCAGUUCCAGAGGACUCCUCUUUAUGUUCCAUUCACUUGCAAGGAGAAGCUCACCCCCACAUUGUCACAACUGAUCACCAUGUUUGUGCACAUGGCCUCUAAUGAGGCAUCGCAGCAUCUAAUAAAUUACAUCUUUUUUUUUUUUUUUAGCACUUCCGGGAAGGUGGGGAAUCAGAUGUUUUGAGUGUAACUCAUUAAAGUUCACUGCUCAAUCA